AUGAUUUCGAGAACCAACAGUUUUAAAGUUACAGAAGUAGAUUCUCUUACCAAUUCAUUCUCAUCGUUGUUGUCAUACAGGUCACGUGGACAAAGUAGGGAGUUUAUUCCGGAGCAAUCGGAUGAAAGUGCUGCAAGAGUCAUCCAUGGAAGCGAAACAUCAACAUCAUCUCUAACAGAAAAAGAACUGGUGGAAAAGAAGAUGGAAGAAAUUAAGAUGACAUUCAAAGCAAUUCGUGCAAGUGAACGUGUAGAUUUACUUUUUCUUUUGGAUUGUACUGUAUCCAUGGGUGAAUAUAUCGACAAAGUAAAGGAUGACUUGGUUGAACUGCGAGAAGAGUUGAAAGACAACUAUAAGAAACUAGAUAUGUUGUUCGGUUUCAUUGGAUACACUGAUUUCGAUAAGGCGGAUCGAUACUAUAAAUUGGAUUUCACCAACAAAACUUUAGAAUUUGUGAAAUUUGUAGCUUCGAUCAAAGAAGAAGGAGGAGAUGACUUUCCAGAGGAUAUGUUCGGCGGAAUGAACCUCAUAAAGCAGUUGAGUUGGAGGAAUAAUAGUACCAGAAUUGUUAUUCAUUUGGCUGACGCACCAUGUCAUGGAUAUGAUUACCACGAUAAACCAGACAACUAUCCAGAUGGAGAUCCGAAUGGCAUCACUUUGGAUACGUUGAUGAAUGAUAUCAUUUCUCUCGAUAUCAAUUAUUUCUUUGGUCACAUUGUAAAGCCUACCACAAGCAAGAUGAUUGAUAUCUUCAAUCAACGAUUGGUAACACUAUCAGAAAACAUGAAAUCAAUCAAUACAUUCGAUUCCAAAGAUAUAUCAACACUCAGCACUCACUUGUUGAAAUCAGUUGAAUCAUCAAUUUCAUCAUCAAGAUCCACUUUGACAAGUCAACUUAUUGGAAAGGAACCAAGAAUACCUAAAGUGUACACAAUUAUUAAAGAAGUUCCAGAUUUCUCAAGACUUCCACUUAUUCCAAUGUCAAGAAUCCAAUUCAAAAUCCCUAACUCUUUAGAUGCAUGUGUGAGUGAAAACUAUGAAGCUAGUUCAUUUAGAGAAGAUAUCGAGAUCAAAAUGGCACCAUAUCCAUUCUCACAAGGAGGAAAUCGUUUGGCAUACCAUGCUGUCGAUAAAGAUGGCAAUCGUAAGGUGAGAUAUUUGGAAGAAAUGGAAUGUCAAACUGUUGCUGCUAAAUUUGCAUUUGAUUUCAAUCAAGCCAUAGGCAGACAAUACAUCAAUUUUACAUUUACCAAAGUAUUGAUGGAUAAGAAUAGCGAACCACCUCAGUUUUAUUCAGUCGAAAAGUUCAUUGAAGGUGAUUAUCAAAAGUUCAACAGUAAUCAUGGUUGGUUUAAGGAAGACAAUGGAAUGCAUGAAAUCAUUCAGACAUUUUCUCAUUGGACAUACCAGGUAUCCAAAGGUAAAGCAAUGGUUGUCGAUAUCCAAGGUGUCAAAAUUGAUAAAGGUUAUUUGUUGACUGACCCAGCCCUCCAUUGUAUAACCAAUAUCAGAAGAUUCGGUGCAACCAACUUGGGUAAACCUGGAAUUAUCAAAUUCUUUGAUACUCAUAAAUGCAAUAAGCAUUGUCGUGAACUUAAACUUAUGAAACCUUCAUUCGAUACUCCAACAAAAACUACUUUCUCAUCUCCUCACAAUCUCCAUCUUCCCCUUUAUCACCAAACACAAUAUCACCUAUUAAAUAUGAACAUUGUUGCAAAAACGUUUGGUUGA